UUUGGGGGGGGGGGGGCUGACGUGUUGCUGGCUUGCUGUAUGUCUUUGCAUUAAGCGUGUUGGGACAGUGGUUGAGGGCGGCUCACGUCUUUUUCAUGCUGUGAACUGCUCUGAACUCGAUCGUUUCAACAUUUCGGAGCUGGCAAUCAUUUGUCGGCAAUCUCCCCCACCACCACCACACUCACACAACACUCUCACCGCACAAAGACAACACGCGCAUCGCACGCAGACAGCACACACAAGUUGAGCUCACUUCACCCAUCACUCACUCCACUGUGGACAUUCAGCAUUGUGUAAUAAAUAUUUCAAUUGCAGGAUCACACACAAGCCUGCAUUCUCAGCUGCGCCAUGGUUUGUUAUGUUGUACAAACUGUCGUUAAUAAAGGCAUUUAUAAACGUUGCAAAGCAUUAUAUUGGAUUGCCUUGGUCAUUUUUUAUUAUUAUUUAGCCGCUCAGGUAUUUCCUCAGUCUUGCUGAUGUGUUGUACACGUACGGUAUAUGGUGUCAAAUGUCUGGAGCAACCUUGAUGGCUUGAAGUGCAACACCUUACACCAUAGUUGGCUCUGUGCUAACCCCACAACAGCGUAAUCUCUCUCUUAUAUCAAGAUGGCAUCACGGCCAAAGCCUUCGAUGCCACCUUUCUCUUUUGCUGUCAAUAUAAUAAUUCUCACCUACUUGAUUAGCAUACAGCAAUCAACAGAUACAAACAGAUACAAAUGUUUUUUUGUUUAAAUACAAGUUACUGAGUGUAGGCCCAGAAGCCAAUUACAUAAAUUAGCCCUCAGCUAAGAGGGAACAAAUUAUCGUACAGCAAUACUAUAGGGAAUAUGGAAAAGAGGUUUUAUUACAAAAAAGCUAUCAAAGUUGAGCAGCAUAAUUAAAGGAGGAAGACACAUUUUACCUCCGAUGGUAAGGUGGUUGAACACUGAGGAAUACGGACGAUGAUGUGCAAUCAUUACGAUGAGAGUGCAGAGUAUCCCUAAGUACAGCACCACCAUCAUCAUCAUCGUGUUUACAUUCAGGGUCGUGGUCAUUUAAUACGCUACUUUAGUUUUGUGUGUGUGUGUACACAUUGUAUGAGCAUCCCUCGGUCAAUUCAGGAUUGUGGCAGCACUGCGAGUGGGGGUUUUCCCAGCAUGCGUUAAGCUUACUGACCCUUUUAUUUGCAGCUCAGCAGGAGAUAUUAAAACCUCUUGGCGACAAACCACAACCCCCUGCGUGCGUGCAUCCCCCACACAUGCCCCUGUCGAGUCCUACAUACAAAGGGGGCCAGAUUCACAGCUUGGUCAAAUGGGCAAAAGUAAGCAGCCCUGGCGAUUUGCCCCAUUUAUCAGGUUGCUAAUUAACCGUUUAGUUUAAAUAUUUGUAGUUUUUUUUAAGUGUUGAUUGGAAAAUAUAUGGCAGGAAUACUAUACUGUAUAUUGCAUUUAUUUACACGUCCUUCCAAAAAUCAUAUCUUUGUUAACAGCAUAAUACUAUACUGGUAUAUUGCAUUUAUAUUUAGUCGAAUAAAUGCAUUCAGGAUGCAGUACGUUUGAAGUUGAAACAAGCUGCACUUGACAUUUCAUCCAAUUAAAGUUACCAUCAAUAAAAGCUCCAUGAAUUAUAGGACAAUGAAUUGGUAACAGUUGUUAAGGAGACAAUUUCGUUUUGACAACUGGAAACUCAACUUGUUUUGAGUCGAAACGGAGCAAUCUUCGUUUUAAUAAGCUCACUUAUGUCUCCAUCUAAAUGGGAACCCAUUCAUAAUUGGUGAGCGUUACAUUGGCAAGUUCUUUUGGCCAAAAAUCUCAUGAAAAUGUAUAUUUUUAACAGUUUUUUGGCAAAAAAUGUGGUGCUGCCCUACAUGGACAUGAUAAGAAAACGCAUGAUUGGAAGUGUGGCAAGUAUACGGUGGCACGGAACAUCGGUGACUAGACAGUUGAUUCAUCAUUAAGCCAAAUGAUCGGGGUGCAAUUGGGCACUUUGUCUAGAAACUCAAAUACCUGAGUUCGAUCAUGAUUCCCUAUCACGACUAACAGCAGUGGCGAGUGGCACUCCGAUGUGUUUUCUGGCUGUUCAGCGAAAACCUACCGAUCAGUAUUUUAUAUAUGAAAAAAAAACGCAUUUGUCAAUAACUCUGCCUUGAAAAUAUAUAAUAGGCGACGUUGUGGGCAAUGGCCUUUCAUAGAGAAGCCAGAGCGAUUUGAGUGGAUAAUAAUACGAGUUGGAGGCUGCCACUGCUAAGAUCAGUGGCACGCGAUAUCUGAACAAAAUCUGGGGUGCUCACUCUCCUUCAAACCCUCACUGACCAGUGUGGUGAAGUAUGGUCAAAUGACUCCUGUCACUGAGACGGACGGCAUGGGUUUAAGGGCCUGCAACCUAGCAGUGGAUUGACAAGGCGCUGUCUAUAAAUUAAAUGAAUAACCUGUUUUAUUACUUAAAAAAAACGUAGAGUGUGGUGCAUGCAGUCCAGAGAGACUUGAGUAGGGUUUAUUCAUCUUGGAAAGCCUGCGACUUUACAAGCGUGGCGUCCGAACAAAACAAACGAGCUUUGUGCGCUCCCAGCGGUCGGAUUCCAUGCAGGUAAUUUAAGAAGGGAAAGCGACAGCAGAAGCAGCAGCGGCAGAAUUUGCCGCGUGUCUUCUUCCUUCGCCUGCAUGCAAUUGGUGGGAUGGGCAGCACCCCCCGGAAGAAAAAAACCCCUCCAAUAGCGACCAAGUCGGCAAGCAAGCAAAGCGGCAAGGGCUCUGCGAAACCCUCCAAACUCACCCAACCGGUCGGGUUCCCAUAGGAACCGGGCAGCUAGAAAAGAAUGCGCACGGGAAGGGUGCCCGAAGAUACAAAGGCGGUGUUUUUUUAAAAAUAAAAAUAAACCCGGGCUGCGGUCACGCUGCGGCAACCAAACUGGGCUCCGUCGAAGGCCUCUCGGUGUGCUGUGAAGAAAGGCCAUUGGGCCGAAACGUCGCCUAUUGAAUACUUUAUCUUGCAGGGUUGUUGUUAUUUGUGCGGCACACUGUCAACGGCGGCAGUAUUCGCCGAAUAGCAAACUUAUUUUAAGACUGUAACAAACCGGUCAAGCGUGUGCGGGGUGCGCGCGCCCGCCGUGUGUGGCAGUCGACUGUCAAUCCCACGGCUCACGCGCUCGCCACACCUGCGUGGCACGGGAGUCACCUGCGUGGCACGGGGAUCACCUGCGUGGCACGGGGAUCACCUGCGUGGCACGGGGGUCACCUGCGUGGCACGGGAGUCACCUGCGCGGCACGGGGGCCACCGGCGCGGCACGGGGGCCACCGGCGCGGCACGGGGGUCACUUGCGUGGCACGGGAGUCACCGGCGUGGCACGGGAGUCACCUGCGUGGCACGGGGGUCACCUGCGUGGCACGGGAGUCACCUGCGUGGCACGGAGGUCACCUGCGUGGCACACGGGGUCACCUGCGUGGCACGGGGGUCACCUGCGUGGCACGGGGGUCACCUGCGUGGCACGGGAGUCACCUGCGUGGCACGGGGGCCACCGGCGCGGCACGGGGGUCACCUGCGCCAGGUGUGGCGGCGAUGUUGUCCGCGUGGCUGUGCGUGCGGCCCGGGAGGACCUGGCGCCUGUGUCUGGCGCUGGCGGUGCUCGGCGCGGCCCUGCAGACACACACGGGAAGGGCUGUGGAAGAUGCCUGCCACCAAUGCAGGGCUGGAGGAGGAGAGGCAGGCCGUGGUGAGGUGGAAGAAUGAGGUGGAACGAGGAACGGUGCACGUGACGAGGGAAUUGGCACAUAAUAGCGGUCGUGUACGUGUGGCUUGCCUUGCCGGCCCAGACCCCCUCUGUGCGGCCAGGCAGCCAGAGCCCUGCAGCUUCACUCAACCCAAGGGGACCCCGAAUGGAGACCCCGGGAAUGGGAGCGCCCUGGCGGAUGGACACGGCUCCCGCAUCUCACGCGCGCACGGCUGAAUGGCAGCACUGCGGGGAGCUAGGGAUAGGCGGUCCAGAUCCCCUCGAGUCCCCCUGGCCCCAGGCCCGCUGCCGGCCCCGGGAAACGACCCCCGAGGUGUGCGAGGUCCUCCGGGAACUCUUCAAUAACAAGACUCCUGCGUCGUGUCACCACCAGCGCAGGCGCGACAUCUGUGAGCUGCACAACGCCUCUUCCACCUCGCCGCACGUAGUGUGCGCCGACGGCUUAUGCAGCCGUAGCACCCCGGUGUCGCUCGGGCUGUAUCGCGAGGCCGCAGCCGCCUACCGCUGGUUGGACUUCGAGGUGGCCACGCAGGUGGCGGCCUUCAUCAACGCUGACCUCCUGCCCCGAGGCCACGGGGCUCCCCACCCGGGCUUCUGCCUCCUGCGCUGCGUGACUGCCAGAGACAGGCGGCAGAUCACACAGUUGCUCAUCCUCCCGCCGGCCCUGCGGCGAGCCCCAAGGAAGACAGCGGACAACGAGGACCAGGAGGACAAGGGGAAGGAGGAGAAAGACGCAGAAGGGGAGAGUGAUUCAGAGGAGGAGGCUGUUGCUGGAGAGAGUGUUAAUAACACCGAUGCAGGAGAGAGACUGACAGAAUCGGGCGAUGUGCCUGGUCGGCCGCCCGCUGUUAUCAGUGUGAACGUGCUGCUGCUGGACUCCGUGUCCCGGCACCACUUCUACCGCUCGCUACCCAAGACCGUGGCGGAAUUCCGACGCCUGAAUGAGCAUGGCUUCAAGCGAGGUGGCAGGGUGCUCGACUUCCAGCUCCUGCAGGGCAUCAAGAGCCGCACCCAGGAGUCCCUGCAGGCGCUACUGGCCGGGGAUGUUAAUGAGGCAGCGGGGGCCGACGCCACCGUGCGCUCCGAGCGCGUUUUCCGGCACUACAAGUGGCGUGGCUACGAGACGCUGUACCUCGAGGACAUGUGCUGGCUCUGGGACUGGGGGCUCGUCCGGGAGCUCGGCGUGCGGCCACCUGGGCCCGACACGGUGCGGCGCAGGCGGCGGCGCUUCCGGAAGGCGCUGACCCGGGCUGGCAUCGACAGGGUCGACGUCUCCUACAGCAGCUGCGUCGUGCUGGCCGAGAACGGCGUGCGUGACGUAUUCCACGGCCCCGACGCCGUCUGCUUCAAUGGACUCCACCAUCACGCCUACCUGCUGCGCUAUGUGACCUACUUCGUGGCGAGCUUCGCGGCACUCGGCCGCCCGGCGCUGAGCUUUACGAUCCUGGACACGGCGCACGAGGACACGGGCCUACGCCUGCAGGGCCUGGACGCCGACCUGGCGGAGCACGUGCGCUUCCUCGCGCGCCCCGACAGUACCACCUUCUCGCUCAUCCUGGCUGACCACGGCAACACGUACGGCCGCCUGGAGGAGAGCUUGCCUGCCCAGGCAUGGCUGGAGACCUUCCAGCCAGCGUUUUUUGCAGUGGUGCCCGACGCCGUGGCACAGGAGCUGGGAGCCGAUGCGAUGCGCGCCCUGGGCGUGAACCAGCGUAGGUUGGUCAGCCUGCUGGAUGUCCACCAAACCCUGCGGGCUCUCGCCGAGCACCCGUCCGUGCCAGCUGACGCAGGCGACCUGAGACUCCAGCAGCGCCAUGGCAUCAACAGGGACGGCCUUUUGAGUGCCGUGCCCGCGGGCAGGACGUGUGAAGAUGUACCGAGGAUCCAACCAAACGUGUGCAUCUGCCGCAGCGACCAGGGUCCGCAGCACAAUGACUCCUACUUCGCCAUGUUCGCCGAGGUCGCCUUGAUGCGCAUGAAUGAGAUUCUGUUUGCACAGCAGCAGCAGGUUGACCCUUGGAGCCCUGGUCAAACUGUUCCAGGCUUGUGCCAGAGGCUGGUCGCUCUCUGGUUCGACAAUGUCCAAACCGAGCAAGGGUCAGCGAGUGAGGUAGACGUAAGUGGGGACAGCAAUUCCCUCACCGACGCAAUGGUCAGGAUGGACAUUUACGUGCGGCCGGGCCUGUCCAAUGGUCUGCCAGUGACAUCUCAUGAGAAAUUUGCAGUGUCCGUUUGGCUGACGCCAGGUGGCGGUGCAGCCGUGCGCUACGAGCGUCUCACGCCAUUCAGCCGCUACGCGCAAUGCGCGCACCCGAGGGUAGACCCCCGCCUGUGCGUGUGCGACUCUCAUCGUCAUGAUCCGUCCCAUUUCCCCAAACCAUCCCUGGCUGCUGCUGCUGCUGCUUCUCUAGAGUUGAUGGCAGAGGACAUGUUGAGUGCUCAUACAGAGAGGACAGCGUGUGCUGGUGGUGGGUGCUUGUGCCUGUUUAAGAGGCAGCGCGUUUCCGGUGUGGCCCUGGAGGUGGUUAACGCUUGCAAGCUCCCUUACGCCCUCUCGCUGAGCGUGGAGGUGCAGAACUUGGUGGUGGUGGCGGCAGAGGCUGGAGUGGCUCUCACCACGGAGCCCCGAGCGAGCGGCCAAGUGCCUGUGCCGCCAGGCGCGGUACGCACCUUGCUGGUGGCGGUGCAGGGAGACCGAGACCGCUCGUGGCAGUACAAGUACAACAUCAGUUACGUGGCACUGGGAGCCACGUGAAUGUUGAUGCAAUGAUCAUGCACAACCGUAUGACGCUACAAUGCACGGGGCCUUGUUUGCAUCUUGGUAAAGAUUAUUUUUGGGCAGAAAAAUGUACAUAUGUCUCCACCAUCAACAAUUAGGCUAAUGAUGAUGGUUCAUGUGUUAUAGCCAUUACAUCAUGAUCUGAUUCCAGCUCAUAAGCUUGAAUUACUUAUAGACUUGCAGGGGUCCCAUAGUUUAACACUCGACCGACACAUUUUAAUUGUACCAAUACACCUGCUCAGGACCCACAAUAACAUAACCAGAAAUCUUACAUUGGUCCUACAUUGGUCCUACAUUGGACCCACUGAUUUAUAUAGGGCCUUUUUUAUAUAUUUUUUUAUAAAUGACAGCACUCAUACUUUAGUUGUUGGAUAAAUACAUGACAGUUAUACUUUGACAAUGUAAUUUACAGCUAAUUUAUUCUGAACAAUUUUCAAGUGUAAUUAAAUGUGCAAUAUUUAUUGAACUUCAUGGAAAAAAAUCAAUCCUGAUCUUUUAUCCCUCCAGCACUACACACACAUGAGUGUAUAGAAAGGGCACUAAUACUCUAAUAACAUUAAUAAUGAUGUUUAUUUAUUGGGUAAAUUAUAUUUUUCUGGAGAAUCCUAGCUUGAGAUGUUUGACAAAUUGUGUUAAUGAGUCUUUGGCAUGUGGGAGAAAACCAGAGAACCUGGAGAAAUCCCACACGUGCAGUGAGGUAACUUGGCUGUCCACAGAUUCAAAUUUGUAUUCUGUACUGCAAUCUGCGCUCCACAUUGCAACUUAAACCAACAACAACGUCUGGUAUUCCCAGCCAUUCUCCCAUGCAAGUACCAACCAGGCUUAACUCUGCUUAGAUGUGGACAUCUUUACAAUCAACUCGCUGUUCAUGGGUUUAGUGCUCUUAACAUUCCCCAAGUUUCAAUAAAAAUGUAUUUGCUGUAAG